UUCCAGGGACCUGCCCGAAACACUACGCGUACUAGUGACUGUACAAGAAUGUAACAACUCUUGUAUAUUUCUCUCAAAAAAAAAAAAAAAUAUGGAAAAGCUGAUGGAGCAAAGGAUCCCAGAGUAUGUACCGAGAAAUGGGUGUACAGUACUCCCAGAAAUAGCUAAGGCUGUAGAAGAGAUGGAUUGGACGUUGCCAACGGAUGUCCAGAAUGAGGCAGUCCCACUUAUUUUGGGAGGUGGGGAUGUGCUCAUGGCAGCUGAAACAGGCAGUGGCAAGACUGGUGCUUUCUGUCUUCCCAUCCUACAAAUUGUCUGGGAAUCACUUAAGGAUAUUCAGCUUGGCAAGACUUCAAAAGUUACUAAAGAAAUAUCUCCUCUCUGGUUGAUGAGCUUCUUUGACCGUGACGCAGGAAUGGCUGUGACACCUGAUGGCUUGCGGUGCCAGUCACGGGAUCCUAAAACAUGGCAGGGUGCCCGUUGCACCAAGGGUGUCACUGGCAAGGGAAAAUAUUACUAUGAAGCCGUUGUGUCGGAUGAAGGGUUGUGUCGUGUCGGGUGGGCAACUCCUCAGGCAGCAUUAGAUCUUGGAACAUGUAAAUCGGGAUUUGGAUUUGGAGGCACUGGAAAAAAGUCUAAUUGCAAGCAGUUUGACGAUUAUGGUGAAUCUUUUGGCCUCAGGGAUGUCAUUGGUUGCUAUCUCAACCUGGAUGCCAUGGAGAUGCAUUACAGCAAAAAUGGCACUGAUUUAGGUAAAGCUUUCACAUUACGAAGUGAAUUCAAGAAUGCUGUCUUCCAUCCAGCUGUAGUUUUGAAGAAUGCAGAGAUGUCUUUCAAUUUUGGUGCAACAGAGUUCAAGCACCCACCUAAAGCGGGAUACGUAGCAGUGUCUCAGGCCAGCAAGGACUGUACUGUGAGCUCAGGUGUGAAGGGAGGUGGAGACAAGCCACAAAAGCUUCAGAACAAUGCUCCACACGCUGUCAUUAUUGAGCCUUCAAGAGAACUCGCAGAACAGACCCUAAAACAGGUUCAAAUGUUUCGUAAGCAUCUAGAUAAUCCAGUGGUUCGUGACCUUCUUGUUGUUGGUGGUAUACCCGUGAAGGAGCAAAUAGCAGCACUCAAUGCAGGUGUGGAUAUUGUUUGCGGUACUCCAGGACGCUUGGAAGAUCUUAUUAAUACAGGACAACUCUCUCUCCAGUCUUGCAAAUUCUUUGUGUUGGAUGAGGCUGAUGGACUUCUUAAACAGGGGCAUGAGCGUCUCAUCAAUAACAUCUACAACUCCAUACCCAAAAUCACAUCUGAAGGCAAGAGACUCCAGAUGGUGGUCUGUUCUGCCACCCUACAUUCCUUUGAAGUGAAGCGCAUGGCAGAACGUUUGAUGCACUUCCCGACCUGGGUAGAUCUUAAAGGGGAAGAUGCUGUGCCCGAGACUGUCCACCACGUUGUUGUAACCAUUGAUCCCAGAACGGAUAGUAGCUGGAGCAAUCUUCGUCGCCAUCUGCAGACUGAUGGCGUGCAUGUUAAGGAUGGCGUACGACCUGGGAACAAUACACCUGAGACAUUAAGUGAGGCGGUGAAGCUGCUGAAAGGAGAGUACUGCAUUAAGGCUAUUGACACACACAAAAUGGAUCAAGCACUAAUAUUCUGCCGCACUAAGUUGGAUUGUGACAAUUUAGAGCGCUAUUUUAAUCAAAUUGGAGGAGGGGCCAAUAACAGAGGCAAUCCAUAUUCGUGUGUGUGUCUCCAUGGUGACCGCAAGCCUAAUGAACGCAAAGCGAAUCUCCAAAAAUUUAAGGAUGGUGGAGUGAAGUUCCUUAUAUGCACUGAUGUAGCUGCUCGAGGAAUUGGUGUGGUACCAUGGAGAGUGGUGUUCAACUCGUGGGCGUAACUGUUUUAACACGCGGUUGACAACGGAAGGUGGUUGUUGCGUUUGGUACAACGAACCACAGUACCUAGCUGAUAUUGAAGAGCACUUGGGAGUGACCAUCCAGCAGGUCGAUCAAGAAAUGAAAGUUCCAGUUGAUGAAUUUGAUGGCAAAGUGAUUUAUGGU